ACCUUGAAAAAUAUCGUUUUAUCUCUAUCUUUGUAUAAGUCGACUAAUACCAAAUCCUUGGCGCGAGCCGUUCCUUUGUAGAAAACAAUAGAGGCGGUAUUUCGAACUUUUUUUGUGUGUGUAAGGAAUUCCAUUGCAUUGAGGGCCUGAUGAUGAUCAGGGGAAAAGUAAAGCGUGGGUGCCACGGAAUCUUUUUCACCUGCCCAAAACGGAGAUGUAAUGGAGUGCGGCACCUAGCGGAGGUCAUUUAUUUGUAUUAUUCUUUUUGAUCCGCGGUCCAUGACUGAGGGAGAUCUCUCUUUCUACUUUCAGUCUGGCAUAAGCCAUCUCGGUUGUUGUGUGUGCGUCACGGAUUCCCUUGGAUUUGUAAUUUAAGCGCGAAUCGGCUUUAUUUUAGUGUAGUGAAAUGAAAAAGAAGAGGGGUGAUGAAAACGAUGGAUUUCGAAUUAAACAAGUUUAUCAUUGGCAAAGUCACCACAUCAAGCAUAGUGGGGUGGAUGAUAUGGUGCUUCUCACUAAAAUUACAGAACCGGCCAUCGUCGACAAUUUAAAGAAAAGAUAUCUUGAUGACCAAAUAUUUACAUACAUCGGUCCAGUUUUGAUUUCUGUGAAUCCGUUCAAGCAAAUGCCAUACUUCACAGAGAAGGAGAUAGAACAAUAUCAAGGAGCUGCAUCCUACGAGAACCCACCUCACAUCUAUGCACUGUCUGACAACAUGUAUCGGAAUAUGCUAAUUGACAAUGAAAGCCAGUGUGUUAUCAUAAGCGGAGAAAGUGGAGCUGGAAAAACUGUUGCAGCAAAAUUCAUCAUGGGAUAUAUUUCACAAGUGUCUGGAGGUGGAACUCGCGUUCAGAAAAUUAAAGAAAUAAUUUUAGAGUCUAACCCUUUAUUAGAAGCUUUUGGAAAUGCAAAAACUGUCCGUAAUAACAACUCAUCUCGCUUUGGAAAAUAUAUUGAAAUCCAAUUUAGCAGAGGAGGUGAACCAGAAGGGGGUAAAGUUUCUAAUUUCCUACUCGAAAAAUCUCGAGUCGUGAAUCAGAAUCCCAAUGAGAGGAAUUUUCAUAUCUUUUAUCAACUCUGCUCUGGUGUCACAUCAGAUAUGCAGCAGAAUUUGGGUAUAAUGACUCCUGAUUAUUACUGGUAUUUAAAUCAGAGUGGCACAUUCAAAGUGGAAGGUACAAAUGAUGCUCAUGACUUUCAAGAAACAUUGAAAGCUAUGACAGUAAUGGGUAUGACUGAUGAUGAACAAAUGAAUGUGCUGCAGGCAGUUGCUGGUAUUCUACAUUUAGGAAAUGUGACUUUCGUAGAAAAUGGCAAUUAUGCUGCUGUGGAGGAUGAUCAGUUUUUAGGUUUUCCAGCUUAUUUGUUUGGUAUUGAAGCUGAGCUGAUAAAAUCAAAAUUAACUAGUCGUGUCAUGGACAGUAAAUGGGGUGGACAAUCAGAAACAAUUCAUAUGCAACUCAACUUAGAACAAGCUGUUUACACAAGAGAUGCCUGGGCUAAAGGAUUAUAUACUCGCGUUUUUGAUUACUUGGUCAAAGUUGUAAAUUCUGCAAUGAAAACUCCAAUGACUGAACUAACUGUUGGAAUUCUGGAUAUCUAUGGAUUUGAAAUCUUCCAGAAAAAUGGGUUUGAACAAUUUUGCAUCAACUAUGUAAAUGAAAAAUUACAGCAGAUAUUUAUAGAAUUAACACUAAAAGCUGAACAGGAAGAGUAUGUACAGGAGGGUAUUAAAUGGAAUCCAAUAGAAUACUUCAAUAAUAAAAUAGUGUGUGAUCUCAUCGAGAACAAGACUUCCCCUCCUGGAAUAAUGUCCAUUGUGGAUGAUGUCUGUGCAACAAUGCAUGCUGUCAAUGAAGGUUCCGAUGCUCAGCUUCUGGGUAAAUUAUCUAAAGCUGUUGGUUCCCAUGCUCACUUUCAAACAUCUGGUAUAGAUUUUGCCAUACAUCACUAUGCUGGUAAAGUCACCUAUAACGUUGAAGGAUUUUGUGAGAAAAACCGAGAUGUGUUAUUUACUGACAUUAUUCAAGUCAUGCAAAGUAGUGAAAAUUCAUUUAUGAGAGAGCUAUUUCCUGAAGAUGUAUCUGGGACUAUACGAAGUAGACCAACCACUGCUGGCAGCAAAAUAAAGACUCAAGCCAACCAACUAGUUGAUGCUCUCAUGAAGUGUACACCACACUAUAUCAGAUGCAUAAAACCUAAUGAGACCAAAAAACCACAUGACUGGGAAGAAGACAGGGUGAAACAUCAAGUUGAAUAUUUAGGUUUAAAAGAAAAUAUAAGAGUUCGUAGAGCUGGGUAUGCAUAUAGGAGACCUUUCAAAAAGUUCUUACAUAGGUAUGCCAUUUUAACUAAAGAGACAUGGCCUUCUUGGAAUGGUGAUGUUAAGCAAGGAGUUGUCCACAUAUUGAACAGUGUAAAUAUGGAUAAUGAUAACUAUCAACUUGGGAAAACCAAAAUUUUUAUCAAGGCCCCAGAAUCGUUGUUUUUGCUUGAAGAAAUGAGAGAAAGGAAAUAUGAUGCCUAUGCCAGAGUUAUUCAGAAAGCAUUUCGCCAGUACUUUGCCAAGAAGCAAUACCAGAAGCUGAAAGAAGAAGCAUCUGAUCUUUUGGUGGGUAAAAAAGAAAGACGAAGAUACAGCUUGAAUAGGAACUUUGUUGGGGAUUAUAUUGGAUUAGAUAAUAAUCCUGCCCUCAGAGCUUUAAUUGGAAAAAGAGAACGUAUUGAAUUUGCCGAAACCAUCAACAAAUAUGACAGAAGGUUCAAAGUAACAAAGCGAGACUUGAUUUUGACAUCAAAAUAUUUAUAUUUAAUAGGCAGAGAAAAGGUAAAGAAAGGUCCAGAAAAAGGGUAUUACAAAGAAGUUGUGAAAAGAAAAAUUGAAGUAGAAAAUAUUACUCAUCUUUCUUUAAGCACUCACCAAGAUGACUUUGUUGUCCUUCAUGUAAAGAAUGAUUACGGAAGUCUAUUGGAAAUAACUUUUAAAACAGAGUUCCUAACAUUACUCAGCAAAAGGUUCUAUGAAAAAACAAAUAAAACUCUAAAUCUACAAUUCAAUGAUUUAUUAGAGUUUAAAGUUAAGAAAGAAGGAUUUGGUGGAGGUGGAACCAAGCAAGUGAAAGUCAUAAAUGGUCACGGUCAAGAUUCUCAACCAAUAUGUAAAAUAAGUGGGAAAAUGAUGACCGUCAGUAUUGCUCAAGGUCUUCCCAAAGAGACCCGUCCUGGUGUCAGAGAUGUCAACGUGAGAAACCGAAACUCUGUCCGUCCUCUCGUCAACCACAAAUCAAGGUCAUCCACAAGGAUAGUCACAAGGAGAAAUGCCCCUGCUCCCCCCACCUCUAAUCCUGCUUUACAGCUUGCACAUGCCUUAGAGUCUAGGAAAUUAGCAAAUGCCAAAAACAAUCAAAGGAACAGCAAUGAUAGAAUGCCCGCUUUAACCAAAGCAUUCCUGGAGAAGAGGCUAAGUUCCCAGAAUAAAACCCAAGCUAGCAAUGGGAAUUCUCAAUUUUUGAACACCCCUGAGCCAGGUGUAGCUGGUUUGCAACGAUCUCAAAUUAAACCUGCUCCUGGUGGUGGUAGGCCCAAACCACCUGCUAAGCCAAAACCUGCACUGCCACAAUGUAAGGCCAUCUAUGCAUAUGAAGCACAAGAUACAGAUGAGUUGACAUUUAAUGUAGAUGAAGUCAUAACAGUCAUCAAACAAGAUCCAUCGGGCUGGUGGUUAGGAAAACUAAAAGGAAAAGAAGGACUUUUUCCAUCUAACUAUGUUGAAAGCAUAUGAAAUGCUGUGAUUGUACUGUAAAAAAACAGAAUGAGAACAGUUUGGAAACGAGUGCAUAGUUUCUUGAUAACUACUUACAAAAAAGUUGAAAUAGCUGAACAAAAAAAAAAUGACAUAUACUUAAUAUUUAAAAUUCUGCCGGUUUGUUCCCAGUGCUAUAAAAUUCAUUUAAAUUCUCAAGAAUCUUUUUUUUCUUUUGAAGAAAUGUGUCUUAACAAGUGAAAGUCAAUUCUCAGUAGCUAUACAAGAUUAGAAAAUUACUGUAAGCCACGAUUUAAGUUUUCACAAUGGUUUUAGUAAUCAGUGAUUGUUAGUAUAAUUGUUGAUUAUGGGUGUUGAAUAGUAGAAGGCGUUGAAUAUAUAUAAUGUACAGUUGAUCCUACUAUGAAAACAUAGUUGAUAUUUCAGAUAUAUCUCUGAAAUAUUUUUUUAUUCUUGAAUAUUGAUAGUUCCUGAAAAAAAUAUCUAUUAAACACAAACUCUUAUGUUCUUAAAUUUAUGUAUAAAUCUCAUACAAAUGUUUGAAAUAAUGUUUCAUAUAAAUGGUGAACUAGAAAAUGUUAAGUUUUAAGAAAGGUAAUAAAAGGUAGGAGUUACAGAUCUAAUUGAUAUUUAUGGAGUGUUGUAUGUUUUAAAGAUAUCUUUGUAAAUUUCUAAAAAGUAUUUUUUACAAAAAUUAUUAAAAUGUGUCAAGAAUAUUUUUUUUUCUCCAUGUUGUAAAAUUAUUGUGCCUUUAUUACCUUUUUAUAUUUACUACAAAUUUCUUAGCUAUUUUAAAUUUAAAAUAAGUCCGUGCAUAUGAUUUGUGGAUGUGUUACUGUGAAUGACCGAAAUGGACAGUUAUUGACUUCCCCUGAAUGUUGACACUCACACUUUGGUAAAAUAUCUAUACUAGUCCAAAAUUUAUACUAGAUCUGGUUAAGUGCCACAGCCCGGCAUACAUUUGCCCAGUAUGCCCUACAUCAAUGUUUUUUUUAAGGUUAAAGGCCACUGUCCGGUAUACAUUUAACAGGUUCUCCGAACACUGAUGUUUCUCCUAAUCUAUCUUCAGCAGAUAUUAAAAUAUCAAAUAUAUUAAUAUCAACGAAUAAAUUAAUAUCAAAUUAUAUAUAACAAAUAUUUCAGACAUUCACCAAAGCAACUAUUCACAAAUUGGACAUUCUCCGGAUUUUCGUCAAUCACGGUAACAUAUUUAUAUAUAUAUAUAAGCCUGGAGAAUAUCUUACGAUUAUGGGCUUAUGACUAUUUCUUUCCUGUAGUUGUAAUUCUACAUUUGUUACAUUUAAUAACGAAAUGUAUACUUACUGCGCUAUGUUAAUGUACUUUCAUUAAUUUCUUACAUUUAUAAGUUUUGCAUUUUUAAAAUUUAGUUGUUUGCAUCCAGCUGGUUUAACAAGUGGACCAGAAUAACAGGCUUAAUUUUGCUAUACUCCAUAUGCAACAUGUUAAUUAAUGAUUGUAACUAUAAAAAAAAAAAUUGUAUAUCUUGAGUGUUUAACUGAAACCAUGAAAUUAGUGUAUAAAAAUCUGAUUAUUAAAUCAAGAUUUAUGUGAUAUUGUUGGGUAUUGCCAUUAGUAAUGGCCUUUAACUACUUUAAAUUAAGUAUUAGUAGUUUAUUUCCUAUCAUUUAUAAAUGGCAGUCUUAAUUAUUAAUUAAUUAUAAAUACCUCUUAUUUAUGAAUAGUAAUAAUUAUCUUUCAUUUAUGAUUAGUACUCUUGUUAAUGAUAAGUAGAAAUUACCUAUCAUGUAUGAUUGGUUUAUUAAUGAUUAGUAAUAAUUACCUAUCAUUUCUGAUUGAUAGUAAUUAUAAUAUAUGAUUUGUACUAUAAUUAUUGUUAAGUAACAAUUACAUGUCACUAGUAUUGUACAAUACUAAUGUCUAGUAUUGGUCUUAAAACGAAUGAUAAAUAGUACUUACCUCUUAUUUAUCAUUAGUACUAUAAUUAACGAUUAGUGUUCAUUACCUCUCUUUUAUAAUCAGUGCUCAUAUUAAUGGUUAGUAAUAAUUACCUUUCAUUUGUGUUUAGCACUCUUAUUAAGGAUUAGUUACUGUGACUGGAGGCAAAAUAUAAGGUAGGUUUAUCCAGACCCAAUAUAAAUAUAAUCUAUGCAAUUUACAUUGCUGCAGGGCUCAAAGUUGUCCUUAAUUUCCUUAAAAAAAAGAAAUUGUCCUUCAUUAUUAAACAUUUCAAUUUAUCUCCUGAUUUUUUUACGAUUUUUCCAUUUUUUUUGUUGAAGUUAACUGGAAGUAAGAAUAUAAUUUAUCUAAAAGAGAAUUUUAAAAACUUCGAAUUCAGAAAUUAUGUUAUAUGCCAUGAAACAAAGUAAAUAAUAAAAUGAAAGUACGUCUAGUACAAUAUUAAUCUACUUCCAGUAUUAGAGAGAAUUACCUUCGAUUUGAUGGCAUAAAAGCAUUCGAUGUGAGGAAAAUAUAUAAAAAGUUCUUACCUCACUAUUCCCUCCUCAUUACUAUAUCAUACUCUACUGUUUUUCACAAGAGAAUCCACGUAUUUUGCUACUACUUAAUGAUUUUUCAUAUUUAACUAUUUUCUCUCCUUUUUCAUAUCAAAAAAAUUUUUUACUUUAAAAAAUAUAAAUAAUAAUUAAAUUCUUUUUUCACUUAAGUUUAGGAACUACUAAAACUAUUACCAAUUGUAUAUCUCUGAAUCCAUGUUGGUAUUACAAAUUGCUCCCAUGAGAGAAUCAGCAACCUUAAAAUUGUUCUUCAUUUUAGAGGCAAUUUUGUCCUUCAUUUUAUAUUUUGGACUCCCAGCCCUGUUGGUGUACCAAGUUUAACCUUACUCAGUUACUCUUAUUAAUUUACUGCUUGCUUGAAUUGGCAAAUAAAAUAAAUGUAUAUAUUGAUGCUCGAUUUAUAAAAACAAAAAAUCAACGUAACACAAAAAAAAAAAUUAUAUUUUUAUUUAUAGACCCUAGAAGCAAUCAUUCAAAUUGUGCAAAACUAUAAAUGUUCCUUUUAGAUGGAUGCAUUAAGCAAUUUUAUCUGUGAUACUUUUAAUUUCCAGCAAGGUUUUCAUAACAGGAGAAAUUUUGUAUAUGUAUGUUGAUGUUGAAAGCAAUUGUGUAUUGUUUAAUAGAAGACCCUCAAUUCGAUGUUGAUUCAAUUCAUUUGAAAAAGAGCUUUGUUUGGGUGUCUUAUGUAAAUAAAUGAGAAAAUUUUAUUAUAAAUAAAAUAACUAAUGUGGAGCUUUUUUUUAGGUUACUUAUGAAAUUAAGAGUGUGUUUCACUUUUUGUACAAAUGUAUUACUAGUCUUAUGAAUAAAAUUUUUAUUUUGAUAAAA